AUGUACCGUCCACUCCUGCGUCGUCGAUGGAGCUCCAGCGUCAAGUCCACAACGACGAGCUCCAGGUCCUCUCUUCGCCCAGCACACACGACCGUGCACGUCUCUCCACAGUCGUUGACUCCGGGUACCGUCCGUGUAACCAAGGGGUACGGCGCGACAAAGCACGAGGCCGAGUUGGACUCGACCCUUGUGCGCCUCGUUGGCUCCGACUGGGGCGACCGUUCGCACCAGUCGGUGUCGCUGCCCAUGCGUCUCUACUGGAUCGUCUUUGCGCUGGUCCUGGGCAACGGAGUCUACACGUUUACUGCAGAGCGAGACGAGUCGUUUCUACUGGACAAGGUCAAGAAAAAGCUGGAUGAGACGUGGGGCGUUCACGACGACGAAAACGAGUGUGAAGACAGGGCGGAGGAGGUUGUUGUUGAUACGGAGGCGGCUUCAACGGCGCCUUCUAUGUACACUGUACCGGGUGCUGUGAAGCAGGAGACGGAGCUGUCAAUGGGGACGUCGUUGUCCCGUGGGAUGCCGACGCCGUCAUUCUUUGUACCGGGAAUAUCCAAGCUGACGACUGCACGUCGGUCUUUGACUAAGGAAGAGCUGGAGCAGCAGCUCGUGCAGCUGCGAGGGCAACAGGAGCGACUGCAGAAGGAGAUUCGUAGCGGGGAAGGAGCUGGUACGACGGAGGAAGCGGCACAUCAAGUGCGCAUGCUAGAAAUGAAGAAGGAGCAGGUCAAGCUCAUGAUGAGAAGGCUGUGA